AUGACGGCUGUAGAUAUUGUUGUUUCUGUGCUCGCAAAGCUGCUUGAAUAUACGGCUCGUCCGAUCGUACAUCCAUUUGAUUACAUUUUCCACCAUAAUACCAACAUCAAUGGUUUAAGAAACCAGAUUUUGUUUCUGGAAAAUACUCGAUUUGGGGUUCAACAGCAGGUGAACAUAGCUGAAAGGAAUGGAGAUAUAAUUCUCCCAAUUGUUCAAGAUUGGCUUGCCAAAGCAAACGGUUUAGCAACAGAAUCUCAGAAUUUUUUGAGUGGCGAGGUUGAUAGAAAUCACAGAUGCUUCAGUGGGUCUUGCCCCGACUUGAAGUUGAUUUACCGAAGUAGUAGAGAAGCCAAGAAGAAAAGAGCGGCUGUUGAUGAGCUUGUUGAGAGGGGAAAGUUCGAUUAUGUUUCACAGCCUGCUCGUCGACCUCCCAUAUGGCCUAGUACUGGUGCUACUGCUACCGCAUCCUUAGGAGAUUUAGAUGGUUUUGAAUCAAGAAAAGCACAGCUAAGAUUGAUAAUGGAGGCACUGGAAGAUGAUAAUAUCAACAUCAUUGGUGUAUAUGGUAUGGGUGGUAUAGGGAAGACUACUUUUGUGGAAGAAGUUGCCAGACAGGCUGAUGCACUCCAGCUGUUCGAUGAAAUGGUCAUGGUGGUGGUUUCCCACAAGCCUAACCUGAGAAAACUUCAAGGUGAUCUUGCAGAGAUGUUGGAACUGAAUCUGAAGGAGGAAGGUGAGCUUCUGAGGACUGCACGUUUACGCGAAAGGCUGAAUCAAGUAAAGAGGAUCCUGAUCAUCAUGGAUGAUGUAUGGACACCACUUGAUUUGAGGACUAUUGGCAUCCCACAGGGAAAUCUUCAUAAAGGGUGCAAGAUUAUCUUGACAUCAAGAAGUCUAGACGUAUGUAAUGCUAUGAAUGCUCAAAGAAAUUUCCAUAUGGAUGUUUUAUCUCAAGUGGAAUCUUGGAAUUUGUUUAGGAAAAUGGCAGGCGAUGCAGUUGAUUCUACAGAUCUUAAUCCUAUAGCCACUAAGAUUGCUAAAAGAUGCUCAGGUUUGCCUCUUGCAAUUGUAACAGUUGCCCGAGCUUUAAGACACAGGAGUAAACAUGCUUGGCGUGAUGCACUUCGUCAGUUAAGGAGUAGUUCUACAACUAAUGAUGUUAAAGGAUUGUAUUCAAAUAUCUUUGCAUCACUGGAGCUGAGCUUUAACUUUCUAAAAGAUGAAGAAUCAAAGUCUUGCUUCUUGAUUUGCAGCUUGUUCAAAGAAGACCUUGACAUUCCAAUCGAAUAUUUGGUGAGAUAUGGAACAGGUUUAAGGGUGUUCCAAGAUGUUCAUACAUUAGAAGAAGCAAGAGACAGGGUGCAUACAAUCAUUGAGAAUCUUAAAGCUUGUUGUUUGUUAUUGGAUAGUGAUGUGGAAGACUGUUUCCGGAUGCAUGAUGUUACUCGGGACUUUCUCCUCUCAGUAGCUUCCAAGGGUCUUUACGUCUUUUUGGAGAAGUUGAUGCCUGGAUAUCUAGAUUCACCUAAUGAAAACAAGUUCAGUAAUUCUUAUGCGAUAUCAAUGGUAUUAAAUGAACUUGAAGAAUUUCCCAUUGGCAUAGACUUUCCAAAGCUUCAAUUAUGGCGAGUGGAAGGUUCUAUGGGGUCAAUGCAGUUUUCAGGUAAUUUCUUUGAUGGAAUGAAAGAGCUCAAGGUUGUACUCAUGCAUCAUGUGUCUAUCCCAUCUAUACCAUCAUCAUUUCUAGCUUUAAAAAAACUCCUAGCAUUGUGCCUUGAGCAUUGCAAGUUAGGAGAUGUGUCACAAGUUAAAGAGCUGAAGAACCUAGAAAUCCUUAGCUUUGUGCACUCAGAUGUCGAAAAAUUACCAAAGGAAAUUGGAGAACUCUCGCGCUUGAGGCUUUUAGAUUUGACAGAUUGUAAGAAUCUGACAUCAAUUCCAUUUGGUGUGUUCUCAAAUUUGUCCAACUUGGAAUGCUUGUACAUGAUGAAUAGCUUUGUCCAAUGGGGGUUUGACUCUGAAGGUCAAAGUCAAGCAACCCUUGGUGAGCUGAAGCACUUGUUUCACUUGACCACUUUAGAAAUGCAUGUCCCAGAUGUCAAUCUUUUCCCUAAAGAUCUACUGUUUGGAAACUUGGUAAGAUUCAAAAUCUUUGUAGGUAUGGUUAGCCAGGUGAUCAGUUACUCAUACCCCAAAACCUUGACACUUGCACUCUAUCAUGGUCUUAGUUUACAUAGUGGGAUCUAUAAGUUGCUGAAAGGAGCUCAACAUCUAAUCUUGGAUUAUUCAAUUGUGAACUAUCUAGAAGACUUGAAUAGCAUUGUCUAUGACUUGAGAAAAGGUUUCAGACAUUUGAAAUGUUUGGAGGUGUAUGGUUACACUGGGGUUGAGUCUUUGAUUGACACAAACAUCUUUCCAGUUUUGGAAAAGUUGAAGGUUGUUUCUGCAGCUGAUCUUAAAACAAUAUGUUAUGAUCAUCUCCCUGAUCAAUCCUUCUGUGAGUUACGUGAAUUAAUGUUGAGCAUCUUACCAGAAUUAACUUGUUUGUGGAUGGAUCCUCUGGGAAAUGUAUGCUUACGAAAUCUAAGGACUCUAUAUGUAUCUGAUUGUCACAAACUCAAACACCUUCUUUCACAAUCCACAGCUGGAGAUCUUUCAGAGCUUCAAAAACUAUAUGUUUCCUCCUGUGAAGAUUUGAAAGUAAUACUAUCAAAAGAUCAAGCUGUUUCAGUUUCAUCCAGUCGAAUUGCCCUAUCAAAGUUAAAGUCAAUAAAGCUCGAGUUUUUGCCAAGUCUUGAGAGUUUCUGCCCUGAAGGAGAUGCUAAUUUAGCUUCACUACAAGAACCCCUUUUCAAUUCAAAGGUUGACUUUCCUUCCCUUGAAGAGUUGACUCUUCGUGAAUUGCAUUCUGUCAAUGAGAUUUGGUCUUUCCAACUUUCUGCUGCAAACUUUUGCAGCAUGAGGAUCCUAAUUGUAUUCGGAUGUGACAACCUACAGCUUGUUUUCCCUUCAUAUAUGCAACACAUGUUACCAAAUCUUGAAAUCCUCUCCAUAGAGUGGUGUGAUUUGGUACAAGAGGUCUGUGAACUUAACAAUAACCUCCAAAAUGAUGAUGCAAAAUUAGCAACUUUGCCAUCUGUUAGAGACCUAAACUUGGGAAAGUUACCAUUACUGAAGCAUCUAUGGUGGAACAUCGACCCUUAUGCAUAUACAAGCUUAAGGAACUUGAAUUCUCUACACAUCUAUGAAUGUGAUGGUUUGAUCCAUCUUUUCUCUGUUCAUGCAAUGAAGAAUCUUGUUCAACUUCAACAACUGAAGGUACGUUCAUGUAAGACAAUGAAAACAAUAUUUGCCAAUGAAGGAGAAGAUGAUGUUAUUGUGCUGUCUGAAUUAUGUUCUGUUGACCUUGAAGAUCUACCAGAACUCUCAAGUUUUUCCCAAGGGAGUAGUAGUUUAUUGUUCCCAUUGUUGGAGAUGAUUGAAAUCAAGAGUUGCCCCAAAAUGAAAGCAUUUGUUGCUUCUCAUGUGCAUCAGGAGGAGAAAUCCCUCUUCAGUGAAAAGGUUUCAUUGCCUAAUUUGCAAACAUUAAACUUGGAUGGAUUAAACAGCUUAAAUGGCAUAUGGGAAACCCACCUUCAAGAAAAGAGCUUUACCAAACUUCAAAUCCUGGAAGUCAUCAACUGUGAUCAACUACAAAACCUUUUUCCAAUCAAUCUGCUUCCAAGAUUACAGAUGUUGGAAGAAAUUCAUGUAACAAACUGCAUUUCACUUGAAGAAAUCUUUACCCUUAAAAACCCAAAACCCCACCAAAAUCUUUCUUCCGUUUCACUAACCAGAUUGGUUAGCUUAGUUUUAGAAAAUCUACCAAAUUUGAGACAACUAUGGUGUCCAAACAUGCCUCAUAGGUUUCAAAGACUUACUUCCAUUGAAGUUUCUAGAUGUGAUCACGUAGAUUGCAUCUUCACAUCAUCAGUAGCUAGAGGUGUACCCAGGCUCCAGAAACUGAAAGUAGAUUCAUGUAUCUCAGUGGAAGUGAUUAUUGGAAAUAAUGAACGUGAAUCAGAACCAGAUGAUUUAAUUCUCCCUCAGAUAUGUCACAUCGAGCUUGAAAAUCUACCAAAUUUGGUUAGUUUUUGUGCCAAGGCUUCUGCUUUAAAGUGGCUCUCUUUGAAAGAACUACGGAUACUCAACUGUUCUAAAAUGGUUGCAACUUCAAACUCCAUUGAAGCGUACUUUGGUGAAAAGGUUGUUUUUCCAAGCUUGGAGAACGUGCGGAUUGAUAGUGUUUAUGGAUCAAGGUUCUCAUUUGGUGCCAAAACUUCUGAAACACUGCUGGGAAGAUUUAUGAAGGAAAGGAAGCAAAAGCAUCCGGAAGAUGAGAUAGGUGUUGCCACUAAAUUUGCUGCAUUGUGA